AUGACUACUCACGGCUACGUCGCACACUAUUAUAUCGACGAACUCGACAAUUUCAAUCUCGAAGAGCAGUAUCGCCUGCUGGACGACUUGCCAGAUGGUCGCUUCGUCGCGCCGCAAGUUAAGCGACGCAUGUUCUACAAAGGCGAAACCGCAUCGCAAGCUCUGGAGCACCCCCAAUUCGUUGUCGCCUAG